AGAUUUGUGUCCAUUUUCCAUUUCGUUGAAAUGGGCGAGUUGACGUUGACUCAGUGCGAUGUUGUGUACUCGGUGCCCAGAACUCAGCAAGCAUGGAGGGCGCUCUUGAGCUGGUUCGGUUUCUUCUUCCAAAUCUUCUAUCAGAUCAUUGGAGUCUUCGCUCACUACCCUUUGCUCUCUUUCUCCUCAUCUUCUGAUUCUUCAUCGUUCGAACCGGUGCCCGCGGUUGAUCAAGAUUUGCCGCCGCUGCGUUCAUCCUCCGCCGCCGGUGAUGAUGGCCCCCUUCAAAAACUCACGGUGGUGCUGGACUUGGAUGAAACUCUGGUAUGUGCAUAUGAGACAUCAAGUGUACCAGCUACGCUUCGCACUCAGGCAAUUCAAGCUGGUUUAAAUUGGUUUGAGAUGGAAUGUUUAUGUUCUGACAAGGAUGCAGAGGGAAUAACAAAAACCAGUUACGUUACAGUUUUUGAACGCCCUGGGUUGAAAGAAUUCUUAAAGCAACUUAGUGAAUUUGCUGACCUGGUGCUGUUUACUGCUGGUCUUGAAGGUUAUGCUAGGCCACUUGUUGACAGAAUAGACUCGGAUAAUUUAUUUAGUCUACGACUUUAUCGGCCCUCAACAAUUAGCACGGAGCACCGCGAACAUGUGAAAGAUCUGACCUGCAUAUCAAAGGAUCUAUGUCGCAUAGUUAUUGUAGAUAACAAUCCCUUCAGCUUUUUAUUGCAACCAGAUAAUGGAAUACCAUGCAUUUCGUUUUCUGCUGGGCAACCAUGUGACACACAGCUUCUAGAUGUCAUUCUUCCUCUUCUCAAGCACCUCUCUGCUGAGAAAGAUGUUAGACAUGUGCUCUAUGAACAGUUCCACAUGCCUGAAUGGUUCCAAAAGCAAGGGAUUCCAGCUUCCAGCUGACAUCAUAGGAUUUAAUUGUAGCAAUUAAAAUCUUGGUUCUUUUUGUUUUGCUAUUGUUUUCUUAAGUUAUAUUCUGGAAGGCCAGCUUCUCAUUCCUUAACUUAGAUUUUUAAGUAUACCACCCAUUUGUUUCUGGAGUAUCCAGAGGUUAUAAUUGCGAAUUUGCGAUCUCUUGUAAGUCAAAGCAACUACUCCUUUAUGCAUAUAAAUUAGUACAAUUUCAAUUCUCGUUUA